AAAAGUGAUGAUAAAAGUGCUAAUAAUCCUAAACCUGUGAAGAAUAGCCCCAACAAAAGGACUAGUAGUACGAGUGGCGUUGGAAGUAGUGAAGGGGUAUCUGAGCCACCGUUUUGCAAGUAUUUGAAUAUCGAAUUGUGUACUAAAGAGGGAAAGACUGAUAGAAAGGCAACCGUUUUGUUGGAGAACCCGAUCGGAGAGUACAUUACGAGUGGACACGAAUUGGAUAGAAAUAUAAGAGUAGCUUUCGGUGAAAACUCAAAUUCAAACAACUUCCCAUCCCUUCCGGUGCCUCAGAUUGGAUCCGAUGAA